GUUGCAAUGUUUAAGGUGAAAAUACAAGUAAUUUGGUUAUAGUAUGUGUUUACUUAAAUUGAGAACCACUGAUUUAUUGUCUGAUAGGACAUCUGUAGUUCCUGCCGCUCAAUGAUGAGUUAGUCCGAUUAAAAGCGUCUCCCAAUUAUGUCUGUAAAUAUUAUGCAGAUAAGAUCUUCUAAAUCUUUGGCAAAGCAAUCUUUUAAAACUUGGAUUAAGUCGUUAGAUCAGGGUUUGGAUUAAACCUCAUUAUUUCCUGCUCUAAUUAGUAAAGAGGGAACCGUCAUGUGACGCGCGCUGGUUUCAGUCAGGUCCUGUAAGCAGAUGUAAAACGCCUCUCUGUAGUACUCGUUUGUUAAUCGUUUUCGUCGCUCGACUGAAACAAAUAACGUCUUCAUCAUGUCUGGAAGAGGCAAAGGCGGUAAAGGACUCGGGAAAGGAGGCGCUAAGCGUCACCGUAAAGUUCUGCGCGAUAACAUCCAGGGAAUCACCAAACCCGCCAUUCGUCGUCUAGCUCGCCGCGGCGGAGUCAAGCGCAUCUCCGGUCUGAUCUACGAGGAGACCCGCGGUGUGCUGAAGGUGUUCCUGGAGAACGUGAUCCGCGACGCCGUCACCUACACCGAGCACGCCAAGAGAAAGACCGUCACCGCCAUGGACGUUGUGUACGCGCUCAAACGUCAGGGACGCACCUUGUACGGCUUCGGAGGAUAAAAGACCACAACCACAAACCCAACGGC